AUGAGUGGGGCGGACUGGCCUGCUCCCCCAAGUCCCUCCUCCAGCCUCUUCCCGUCCCUCGGACCCCAGCCCCGGAGCUGCGGAGAGCGGCAGCGGGUAGGGGCCGCCGAGCCUUUCCCCCGGGUUGAGCCUGGAGCGGGCGCUGUGCCUGGAAGCACCCCCGAUUUGCCAGGGCUCCGGCGGGGCGAGCUCCGCGCUCAGAUCACAGUCAUCGGGCCCCGAGACCGCGGUGGGUGGCGACGGUCACAGUCCGGUGCAGAGCAUAAUAGUGUGGAUCUGCACAGCGGUUUGGAAGUCGCAAAGAGCCUUCGCUUGCUCACGACUUCCCCGCGAGGUGGCCCCUGCGACAUCGGAGAGAGGACCCAUCUUACAGACCACAGAGCGUUAUCUCCGUUUCCCAAAGAGGAACCCGAGAGGAGGCCGGUCCCCGACCCUCGGAAUGCGCAGAGGCGGAGCCCGCGGCCUCGGGCACUCCCCGGCGUGGGCGCUCGGGGCGGGCGGGCCGGGCCCUGGCCCUCGGCGCUCCGGAUCGGUGGGCAGGGUGCUGGUCCUGCCACGCAGCCGCAGAGGCUCGGCCCCGCGGGCGGGCGGCAGGAAGGGAGGCGACGCCCCCUGGAGCGCGGCAGGAACCCGGCCGGGCCCGCCUGCCCCGCCCGCCGAGUCGCGCGGGCCCCAGAAGUGAUGAAAGCCGCGGCCGAGUCCGGGUCACGCCGAAGCCGUUGCCCUUUUAAGGGGGAGCCUUGA